CGCCGGAUCCGCUGCGGCUGCUUCCCCCGCCGGGGAGCCGAGGCUGCGCCGCUCCCCGCGCCGAGCGGCGGUGCUGCUGCUGCCCCCGCUGCGGGAGCAGAGCCGGAGCUGCUGGAUUAGGCGCUCCGGCCCCAGCGCCGCUGCCCGGCAGAGCCAGCAGGGCAGGGGCUGAGCAGGGGACCCGCGCAUUGUGUGAGCCCGCAUGGGCACGGCGCGGGGGCGCGGCCGCGGGGCUCCUGCGAGCCUCUCGCUCGGCCCCUGGCAUCGCCCGUAGCCGGGGGGCGCCGCGCUCGGCCGUGAGGGAUGCUUUUGUGCAGCAGCGGGUAGCGGCGGCUCCGGCAGGGCCGCGGCUGCGGUGGCGGGGCAGGUCGGGCGCCGCGCUCAGCCGCAGCCCUCCCGGCGACAGCGGCCGGGCGCGAUGCUCUUUUAGGCGGCCCGAGCCCUUGCGAGCGAGGCGGCCAGGCGUAGCAGCCCGUAGCGGAGCUGGGAGCGCGGGCGGACGGCUCCCCAUGGCGAGCAGCCGGAGCAUCGAGCUGGAGCACUUCGAGGAGCGGGACAAGCGGCAGCAGCGCUCCGGGCCGCGGCGCGGAGGCUCCGGGUCCGGCGGCGGCGCGGGGCCGCGGGGCAAUGGGCUGGUGCCCAGCCCGGCGCACAGCGCGCACUGCAGCCUCUAUCGCACCCGCACCUUGCAGGCGCUCAGCUCCGAGAAGAAGGCGCGCAAAGCCCGCUUCUACCGCAACGGGGACAGGUACUUCAAGGGCUUGGUGUACGCCAUCUCCCCCGACCGCUUCCGCUCCUUCGACGCCCUCCUGGUGGAGCUCACCCGGUCCCUGUCGGACAACGUGAACCUGCCCCAGGGGGUCCGCACCAUCUACACUAUCGAUGGCAGCAAGAAACUCACCAGCCUCGACGAGCUGGUGGAAGGUGAGAGCUAUGUGUGUGCAUCCAAUGAACCAUACCGCAAAGUUGAUUACACCAAGAAUGUCAACCCGAACUGGUGCGUGAAUAUACGGACUGGGUCCAGUCGGUCCUUGACGUCCUUGACAUCCACGAGGAGUGAAGUGAAGGAGAGCAAAGAUUUCAUUAAACCCAAAUUGGUGACUGUUAUUAGGAGUGGGGUAAAGCCACGGAAAGCUGUGAGGAUUCUGCUGAACAAGAAGACUGCUCACUCCUUCGAACAGGUCUUGAAUGACAUCACUGAAGCCAUUAAGUUAGACUCGGGUGUAGUCAAGAGACUUUGUACACUGGAUGGGAAGCAGGUAACGUGCUUGCAGGACUUCUUUGGAGACGACGAUGUCUUCAUCGCGUGUGGGCCAGAGAAGUACCGGUAUGCUCAGGAUGACUUCGUGUUGGAUCACAGUGAAUGUCGUGUCAUGAAGUCUUACUCGCGCUCCUCUGCCAUGAGGCACGCUGCAUCCAAAAGUCCAGGACCUUCGCGUCGGAGCAAAUCCCCUGCCUCAGUAAAGAGGGGUGGCCACUCCAGUGCUCAUUCUUCAGCAAAAUCCCCAGUUAAUGGAACCCCAAGCAGUCAGUUAUCCACCCCAAAAUCUACAAAGUCCUCCAGUUCUUCACCAACAAGCCCAGGCAGCUUUCGUGGACUCAAGAUCUCCCCACAUGGUGGAUCUUCUUCCAACGUGAAUGGUAUACCUGAAUCACUCCGUUGCCAGAGUCCCGAAGGCUUGAAUGGAAACAAGUUCUCAGGGUCAUCUACCAUUCUUGAGAAGUAUAAAGUGGGGAAGGUGAUUGGCGAUGGCAAUUUCGCUGUCGUAAAGGAGUGUGUGGAACGAUCCACAGGAAAGGAGUUUGCCCUGAAGAUCAUAGACAAGGCCAAGUGCUGUGGGAAGGAACACCUGAUUGAAAAUGAAGUGUCUAUUCUGCGCCGAGUGAAGCACCCAAACAUCAUCAUGCUCAUAGAGGAGAUGGACACCCCCACAGAGCUCUACCUGGUGAUGGAGCUGGUCAAGGGAGGAGACCUCUUUGAUGCCAUCACUUCAUCUACAAAAUACACAGAGAGAGAUGGGAGUGCCAUGGUCUACAAUUUAGCCAGUGCUCUCAAAUACCUGCAUGGUCUCAACAUUGUGCACAGAGACAUCAAACCAGAAAAUCUUCUGGUGUGUGAAUAUUCAGAUGGAACCAAGUCUUUGAAGCUUGGAGACUUUGGACUGGCGACGGUGGUCGAAGGCCCUUUGUACACUGUCUGUGGGACACCCACCUAUGUGGCUCCAGAAAUCAUUGCAGAGACAGGGUAUGGCUUAAAGGUGGAUAUUUGGGCUGCAGGUGUGAUCACUUACAUCCUGUUAUGUGGAUUUCCACCUUUUCGCAGUGAAAACAACCUUCAGGAAGACCUCUUUGAUCAGAUACUUGUGGGGAAGCUGGAAUUUCCCUCUCCCUACUGGGAUAACAUCACCGAUUCAGCAAAGGAGUUAAUCAGCCUGAUGCUACAUGUGAAUGCUGAAGCCCGCUACACAGCAGCACAGAUCCUAAGCCAUCCCUGGGUGUCAGAUGAUGCUUCCCAGGAGAAUAAUAUGCAAGCUGAAGUAACAGGUAAACUGAAGCAGCACUUUAAUAACACCAUACCCAAGCAAAAUAACACAUCUGCUGGGGUUUCUGUCAUCAUGUUUGACUUGACAGUUUGAGAGGGACUUCAGAGCUUCAUUCUUUAUACUGUUGAGACUUAUGGAUAAGCCUGAAGCUGAAAACUGAACACAGCUCUAGAUAAAGAGAGUCAGAUUUUCUGCAGCAAGCGCUGUCAGGACUCUGGUAGAGCUGGAAUGGAGAAAAUUUCUGCAAUUGGUGCUGCAGCUGCUGAUCCUCGUGUGGCUGGGUCUGAGCCCCUCCUCCCUGCUGCUCCUGAGCCACUCCGGUCCCCCACGCUGCCUUCUCCUGGGCUUGCUGGGGAUCAGCCUGGUGCUUAGGACUGGGGAAAACAAAUCCACCUGAAGCUCCACACUCUGGCCAGUUUUCUUCAUUUCCCAUGACUGUUUUCAGUUUGUGUGCACCUCUCAUGGCAAGCCCCAGCCAGGUCUGAUCCUCUCUCUCACAGGGGGUGAACAUCUUGGGAACAGCAGUAGGGGAAAGACUCCGGCAAUGUUAGGUGACUUUUUAAGUUCUCUGUGUCAGUAAUUAACUCCAUUUCACACAGUCUUGGGCUCUAAAUAGAUUAACUUAUGGUGUAGCUAACCAUAUUUUUAUAUGAGCAGUGAGGUGGAACAGUUACCUGGCCUCAUGUCCACCAGCAGGCCCUGUUCUGUUCUUCUGAUGGGAAUUUUCAGAAAAGUGGGAGAGGCAGACAAGGGAAGAAAACUUCUAUUUGCCUUCUAUUCCAAUGCCUCUAUUUUUAGCCAAGUUUCUACUAAACUUGAAGAGGCAAAUUUUCACGAAGAAUUUUUUAGUGGACUAACUGUAAAAUAUCAUGAGACAAACAUUUGGAGAUGGAGAGGGAAGGAUGGCUGUUUUCCAUCGUUUAUUAUCCGACUUGCAGGCAGGGUAGUGUUUAGAUAAUAUUAAUUUAAAUAAAGUAACUUGGGAUGUAAACAUGAGCAAUGGAUGUUUAUUUGUUACGAAGACUGGAGUGAAGGAAGCCUUUUUGCUUUAGCCAUUUUCUAUCCUAACCACAAGUGUCCCAUCCACACCUUUCUCCAGGGUCAGACUACCUGUUAGAUAAAAAAAUAAAAUAAAAUUACUUUGGGCCUGUGAAGAGAAAGCCUGCUGCAUGUUAUCCAAAUUAUGAUGAGCUGAGCAGCUCCUCAUUCUAGGACAAGCUUAUAGAGGAGCUGCCAUCAAUAGCCAUCAGAGGUUUGUCAGUGCUAUCCCCCUAUUCACCUGGUGCAGGCACUGGAAACCAAAUCACAGGAUUGGGAAGCAGCUCUCCUUAAUCUGCAGUCACAAAACAGACAAGGUUUUCUCUUUACCACAAUGCUUAGUUCAAUAGAAUAUGUAUUCAGCUUAAUCCUUUUCCUUUGCUCGUUCUUAUGAAUUGGUCAUAGUUCAUUUUUUCUCUUAGCUAUACUUUCUACUAGAAUUGUAAAAGAAAGACCUGCAAUAAACUUUCUUCAUUAAAAAAAAAAAA